UAAUUUUCCACGAGAGGUCUCCAUCAGUCACAGUCUCCUUUCAACCCUUAACGCGACCCUUCACAAUACGUUGUGAUACGAUGAGCGAUGAGGAAUGACGACGGCUGCGCCCUGCGUAUUUGCUGGCAUUUACGUUUCAGCAGUCGUCGCGAGUGGUCACGAAAAGAUCGACUGAGAGAACACUUUUUCAGGCCAGCAGCUGACAAGUUUUAAUUUGUGUGCUUGGACAUUCUUAUUAUUGUAUUCUUGUAUUACAUUCUGUGGAGAUGGCGAGUUUGAAGGUACGUGUAAAUUCACCGACGGUACGUUACUCGGAAGAUUUCAUCGAAGCGGAGUACGAAUACCGGACAACUAGCGUAGCCGAGGCCGAGGGUGAUGAUGAUGAUACGUAUACAGUGUCACCCACAUCCACGAAGUUGUUGAUCAAGACCAUGAUAAAAGUUCCUAAAUUGGGAUUGAUGUUAGCAGGCUGGGGUGGUAACAAUGGCAGCACUAUAACAGCAGCUUUAAUUGCGAAUAAGCUUAAAUUAACAUGGGAGACGAAGGAGGGUGAGAAAAUCGCAAAUUGGUACGGUUCUUUAACGCAAGCGUCCACUAUAAGAUUAGGCAGAAAAAGCAGAGGGGACAUUUAUGUUCCUAUUUCUAGUAUGCUGCCCAUGGUAAAUCCCGAUAAUAUCGAGAUUGAUGGUUGGGACAUUUCGAAUGUAAAUCUUGCUGACGCCAUGACACGUGCUAAAGUGUUGGAUGUAAAUCUACAAGUACAGUUGCGGCCUUAUAUGACGCAUAUGCAGCCUAGAAAGAGCCUAUAUUACUCUGAUUUUAUUGCAUCAAACCAGGGCGAAAGAGCAAAUAACAUCAUCAUGGGCACUAAGGCCGAGCAACUCAAAAUUCGUAACGAUAUCGUGGAAUUUAAAACUACGAAGGGCCUGGAUCAAGUAAUUGUCUUGUGGACUGCUAAUACUGAAAGAUUUUCGGAAAUUAUAACGGGUGUUAAUGAUACGGCUGAUAAUCUUUUGAAGGCAAUCAAUGAAGAUCAUACAGAGAUUAGUCCCAGCACCAUGUUUGCUGUGGCGGCAGCUUUAGAACAAUGUACUUACAUCAAUGGAUCACCACAAAAUACUUUCGUGCCAGGUCUUCUUGAGCUAGCCGAAAGGCAGAAAACAUUUAUUAGUGGUGAUGAUUUUAAAUCUGGCCAGACAAAAUUAAAAUCUGUUCUUGUAGACUUCCUCGUAUCGGCUGGCAUUAAACCAGUAUCGAUUGUUAGUUAUAACCAUUUAGGAAAUAAUGAUGGAUAUAAUUUAUCCGCACCACAACAAUUUCACUCAAAAGAGAUCUCCAAGAGCAAUGUUAUAGAUGAUAUAGUGGAAUCGAACAAGAUCCUUUAAAACCUGGAGAAAAAACGGGAUCAUUGUGUCGUUAUUAAAUAUGUUCCCUAUGUCGGCGAUAGUAAAAGAGCCAUGGACGAAUACACUUCUGAAAUCAUGCUGAAUGGUCAUAAUACUAUUGUGAUUCAUAACACAUGUGAGGAUUCACUUUUGGCGGCUCCUAUCAUUCUCGAUCUUGUAAUAUUGGCCGAGAUCUGUUCUCGUAUUACUUUCAAGAGAAUGGAUUCCGAGGAGGAUGAAGAAUUUUCCGGUUUUCAUAGCGUACUCUCCAUUCUAUCAUAUCUCUGCAAGGCUCCUUUAGUGCCGCAAGGAACGCCAGUAGUAAAUUCCCUCUUUCGACAGCGAAGUGCUAUUGAAAACAUUUUGCGAGCCUGUUUGUCUCUACCACCAGAGAAUGACAUGUUACUGGAGCACAAAGUCACUUUUAAGAUUUAAGGAAAACAUAAUGAAAUAAGAGAUGAGAAAAAAUGUAACGAAUGAAACUAAUAUAAGGCCGAAAAGUGA